GCCGCCCUUGGGCGUGCGACGGGCUAAGAAGGCGAGCCGCAGUUGAGGAGAGGAGAAGAGAGGAGAGCUGGCCGGCCGGCGGCAGGAGGAGCAACGCACGCAACCGUCAUGGCGGCUGCUGAAGCGGGGUUCGAGGGCGGCGGAGGUGGCGGAAGCAGCGGCGGAGCCACGGCCAGCCCGAGGCCGGACGCGGGGACGCAGCGGACUGAGCUGACGCCGCUUUUGGGGGCGCCGCUGUGCCCGGGGGAGUCCUGGUACCUGAUUGACAGCCGGUGGUUCAAGCAAUGGAAGAAGUACGUGGGCUUUGACAGCUGGGACCUGUAUAAUGUGGGAGAGCCUAAUCUCUACCCUGGACCUAUUGACAACUCAGGGCUUUUUGCAGAUUCAGAAACACAGACUUUGAAAGAGCACCUUAUUGAUGAAUUGGAUUAUGUGUUGGUUCCUACUGAAGCUUGGAAUAAAUUAGUAAAUUGGUAUGGCUGUAUAGAGGGACAGAAGCCAAUUUUGAGGAAAGUUGUGGAGUAUGGACUGUUUGUGAAGCACUGUAAAGUAGAGGUUUAUCUUUUGGAGCUGAAGCUAUGUCAAAACAACGACUCUACUAAUCUUGUAAGCUCUUAUUUCAGCAAAGCAGAUACUGUGGCUACCAUUGAAAAAGAAAUGAGGAAACAGUUUAAUAUUCCUGAUGGAAAAGAAAUUAGAUUGUGGAGCAGAUAUAUGAGUAAUACUUAUGAACAACUAAGCAAACUCGACAGCACUAUACAAGAUGCAGGUCUCUAUCAGGGACAGGUAGUAUUAAUAGAGGUAAAGAAUGAAGACGGCAGUUGGCCAAGACAAUCUUCACAGACAAAAUCAAGCACUGCAACAAGCAGAAAUCUAGCUACCUCUUCAAAAUCAUCAGCAGGUUCUUGCUCCUCGGUAGUUGCCUCUUCAGCCAUUACAAAUGGUGAUAGCAAUAACUCUUAUGGUUUGAACUCCAGUCAUGGCAAAGGAGGCUCCAGCUUUUCUUGCAACUUCUACAACAACAGGGAGAGCUCUCCACAGUCACAGCCUGGCCUCUGUGGUCUCAGUAACCUAGGAAAUACAUGUUUCAUGAACUCAGCCUUACAGUGUUUGAGUAACACUCCCCCACUGACAGAAUACUUCUUGGAGGAUGAAUAUGAAGCUGAAAUAAAUCAAGAAAACCCUCUAGGAAUGAGAGGAGAAAUUGCAGAAGCAUAUGCAGAACUUAUUAAACAGAUGUGGUCUGGAAGAUAUACUCAUGUAGCCCCCCGCAUUUUCAAAACCCAGGUUGGCCGCUUUGCUCCUCAGUUUUCAGGGUACCAGCAACAAGAUUCACAAGAGCUCUUGUCCUUUCUUCUGGAUGGUUUACAUGAGGAUCUAAACCGAGUAAAGAAGAAACCCUACCUGGAGUUGAAGGAUGCUAAUGGCAGGCCUGAUUCGGUGGUGGCAAAAGAAGCUUGGGAGAAUCAUCGGUUACGGAACGACUCCAUAAUUGUAGAUAUUUUUCAUGGUCUCUUCAAAUCCACAUUGGUCUGCCCCAAAUGUUCUAAAGUUUCAGUGACAUUUGACCCUUUUUGCUACUUAACUCUUCCAUUGCCCAUGAAAAAAGAUCGAACGAUGGAGGUGCUGUUUGUUUUUGCAGAUCCACAACGCAAACCAUCUCAAUGCCGAGUAGUGGUGCCAAUGAUGGGGGGUGUAACUGACCUGUGUGAUGCACUCUCACAACUCUCUGGAAUUCCUGCAGAAAAUAUGGUGGUGACAGAUGUUUAUAAUCACAGAUUUCACAAAAUUUUCCAAAUGGAUGAAGGCUUGAGUAAUAUUAUGCCAAAGGACAACAUAUUUGUAUAUGAAAUUUCUAAGCCUGCUGAAGAUGGUGCUGAAUGCGUUACUCUUUCAAUUUACUUCAGAGAAAAGAAAGCAAGACAAUCCAGUGCUACUCCAGCUACUGUCCUCUAUGGCCAGCCACUACUCAUAGCUGUGCCCAAACAUAAGCUUACUCUAGAUUACUUGUACAGUGUUAUAUUGGAGAGGAUUGGCCGCUAUGUAAAAAUUCCUUCAAAGGAAGACUGUCCUGAUGUCUGUUCAGAUAAUGAAACUUGCAAUGGCUCCAAUAGUGUGUCUGAAGGUGAAGUUGAAGAGAUGGAACAUCAGAAUGGAGAGGAAGAAAACAAGGAGAAAAUAUUAGAAACAGAUGCCAGCCAGUCUGAAGAUGGCACCCAGGUUGAGUCAGGAAAAGAAGGCCUGCAUCACAGAAAGCGGCUCUUCACCUUCAGUCUUGUGAAUUCCUAUGGGACUUCAGAAAUAAACUCCCUUCCCACAGAGGGGAAAAUUCUCAAGUUGAGUUCCCAUGCUACUGUUGCUAUUGACUGGGAUUCUGACACUCGGAAGUUGCUUUUUGAUGAACAUGAGGCACAGGCAUUUGAAAAACACUGCAGUAUGUUUCAGCCACAGAAGAGGAAAACUGCUGUAGCACUUAGAGACUGCAUAGAGCUCUUCACGACUAUGGAAACACUUGGUGAACAUGAUCCCUGGUACUGUCCUAAUUGCAAGAAACAUCAGCAAGCCACAAAGAAAUUUGACCUCUGGUCUCUGCCACGCAUUUUGGUAGUACAUUUAAAACGUUUUUCAUACAACAGAUACUGGAGAGACAAACUUGACACUGUGGUAGAAUUCCCCAUCAGGGAUUUGAACAUGUCUGAGUUUGUGUGUGACCCAGCAGCAAGUCCCUAUGUAUAUGACCUGAUUGCUGUUUCCAAUCACUAUGGAGGCAUGGGGGUUGGUCACUAUACUGCAUACGCAAAGAAUAAAAUCAAUGGGAAAUGGUAUUACUUUGAUGAUAGCAGUGUGUCACCAGCCUCUGAAGAGCAAAUCGUGACAAAAGCAGCCUAUGUACUAUUCUACCAACGCAGAGAUGACAAGCUCCAGAGAAACCCAUCUCCUUGCACAAAUACUAAGAUGAAAUCAGAAGAAUGUGAUGGCAUGGAUACUAACUGAGCCUGUAUGUGGCAGAGUCUCAUCAGUCAAACUGCUAAUUUAACAAUCUGAGAGCUGAUUUUGUUCCACCUGCACAGCUCAACAGAAAGUCCAAUAUAGAAGUGUUUGUGAGCACUAAUGAUGGAUAGCACAAGAAAAGCCAUAAGAUGAUCACACUUGGGCAUAUCAUAGCCAAAGAGCUUUUGAAAAAAACAAUAUAUAUUUUGUCUAUUCAAUAAAGUGUUCUCUAAAUCUCAGUGUGUAUUCUGACAAAACUGUGUGAAACUGGGGGUUAUAUUAUACAGCUAGUUAAGAAAGGGUUAAGAGUUAAGAAAUGGAUGCCCCUGUUGAACUGCAAGAGGAAAUUUUAAAAAUUGGAUGUUAAUAUGCUGAGCAGAGGGGAAAUAUGUGCUUUGAACUGUAUGCAUUGUUGAAGAUGCAUGACAUAAGAGGUAUGGGAACACUUCUGAAGGGGAUAUUUGGCUUGAACGCCAAUCUUGUAUGGCACAUAUUGCCACCACAUGCUGUCAGCUAACUGCUGAGAAACUGGGUUAGCUGGUGUGGGCUUUCAAAAGGUGUUUGCCCCAGCCCAUUGUGCCCCAUAUAAGGGUCUGUUGGCUCAUCUGUAGGAACCAUCUUGCUCUGUGCUCCCCACCUCAACCCCGGUCCUCCUGUCCUAUGCAAAUAUCACAACUCUUUGGGAGUGAACUAUAGCCAUCCCCCAUUUUCUGAGAAAAAGUAUUCAUGUGGCUCUGCCUUCACAUCAAUCCACUGUGAAUUUCCUAUGCUCUACAACCCCGACUCUUCUAAGUCCACUUCCCGUGUUAAACUAUGCAUUGUGCAAUGGAAAGGCACAAUCUUUUUUUUCUGUGCCCCAUUAGAUAACUUUGUCUCAUAUACCAGGAGGAUCAACCACUAAUUUUCUUCAAUUUCUCUGCAGUAUUUUAGCAUCCUCAUGAAGAGAGGUCUAAGGCCCUUUCUCUCAGGUUAGGCUUCAGAAAUCAUUUAAAGGCUUCUUUCCUCUUGGAUGUUCUCAGAUAUGCUCUUUUUCCCCAGCCAGUUUAUUUCCAUAUGUAAUAUAUUGCUUUCUGUUGCUAUCUUACCUCAAUGUAUGCCUUUCCCCAAUGUAUUAAGAGAUGGUAAGAAUAAACGCAGCUGUCAAGCCCCUGUUCAGCAACACCAUUAGCAGAGAAGAGCUGGGGGCAUAGCCAGAUUGAGGGAUUUAGCAGAAUUUAUUAAAAGUGGGUUGGGUACUUACCUGUAGCCUUUAGCAGAGGAGUCCUCAUUGCUGUCAGUGACAAUCUUCCAGUUAUUACUAUAUACGUAUAUAUCUGCAGGAUAGUCCUUCUGAAGCACUGAAAUGUGUGUUGUUUGAUCCAGAUGCUGUUUUUAAAUGGUUUGAGGUGUUUCCUCCCUGGAAAUGAUGGUGGGUGGGUGGUGGCUGUAAUUAUUUAAGUUGGUUUGAUAUUUUCUUUGCACACUGGGAAUGAUGGCUGGAUGGCAGUUGGAAUAAUUUAAAAGUUAAGUUCAAAUUGUAGUACUGCAUUGUUUUGGUUUUACUCUUUUCCUGAUUUUCUGGUUAUGUUUUCUUUUGCAGUAUAACACUUCAACAGAAAAGGAAACACAUAUUUAAUAGGAAAAACCAAUUUAUUGAAACCAUUUGUAUUUCUACUCCAUACUGAGGUGGAAAUGUCUAUACUGCUUGAUGUAGGUCAGAGCACAUAUUUGUUCUUAGUGAUUUGGAACGCCUGAAUUAAAUUUAUUCUAAAACCGUACAGAUGGUAUUAAGAAUCUGGAUUUGCUUUUGACCAGGCUGGAUCUGAGCUGGUGUGUAUAUUCUGUAUAGUGUCAAAAUCUGUUUUUAGAUAGCACUUUGUAAGUGACUGGCUUUACUGUAUAAAAUAAAAUUAAAAUAAAAUGAGUGAAUUGCAAUAA